AUGGGAGGAUUUACGUGCUGUGUUCCUGGAUGCUACAACAACAGCACAAGGGAUAAAGGCUUGGGUUUCUACGUUUUUCCUAAAGAGCAACAGCUUCGGGAGACGUGGAUUCAGCGUUGCAACAGGGCUGGACGGGGCGGCAGGUUCUCCAAGUUUACGCCUACCACGGGACACCGAGUAUGCGGUGCCCACUUCGAAGGAGGAAAAAAGACUUACAUGAACAGAGUGCCCACAAUCUUCCCGCUGAGACCGCAAAAGGUGGAAAGGAGGCGACCACUCAUAAGGACACAGCCGGAACUUCCCAACAGUCCAACUGUGGCACCCCAGCACGACCCAGAAGUCUCAGGCUCUGCCAUCACUAGUAGCAGCAGCGACAGUGAAGACACCGCACAGCAAAGCACUCUACUCAUGGACCAUGCCUACAGCAGCCAAGAGUCAAGCUAUGACCAGCUUGCCAAGAAAGUUGCUUGCCAAAAUAAUAUAAUAACUGAGCUAGCAGAAAAGGCUGAAGCUGCUUACGCGCAUGUUGAAGAGCUCAACAGCCAGCUAAAACGCUCUCAACAGGACCACGCUGAAGCAAAAAAGCUAUGUGACCGCCUUCAGCAGAAGAAUAGGUGCUUGCGGCUUGAGCUAUCCUGUAUGCAGAAGAAAGUCAAGAGGUGCAAGGCUGAAGCUACACAAAAGAUUGACAUCACGUAUGAAGCCCUUGUAGAAGAUGAAAAGAAGCUGCGGUACUACACUGGCUUUACAUCCAGAAAGUCCUUCGACAGUUUUUGGUCCCUACUUGAACCAGAUGAGAAAAAGCUGCGGUUCUGGCAGAUGAAGGAAACGGAGAACGAGGACCGGAACUUCAUCCUGCCUUUGAAGACACAGCUUGUGCUCGUCCUGAUGAGGCUACGGCUGGGCCUUGACGGCCUUGACCUUGCGUACAGGUUUGGCGUUUCUACGUCAACCGUUUCGAGGAUCUGGGUAACAUGGCUGGAUUUUUUGGACAACAGGCUUCGCCAGGUCCCAACUUGGAUGCCUCCCCACCUGUGCGACAAGUACAGGCCACAAGCUUUCACUGACAAGGGCUACACCACUGUUGACGGCAUCCUCGACUGCACCGAAAUUUUCAUCGAAACCCCCUCGUCAUUCCGUGUACAGAGUGAGACCUAUUCCUCGUACAAAAAGCACAAUACUGCAAAAGGGUUAGUUGUGUGCAGCCCGAACGGCUUUGUUAUGUUCGUGUCCGAUCUUUCUUCUGGGAGGCUGUCUGACAAGGCCCUAACAAAGGCUUCCGGUGUGUUGGAAAAGUUCUCACCAGGGCGAAGUUUGAUGGCUGAUAGGGGGUUCACCAUCGAAGAAGAGUGCAAGGAACUUUCACUGCACUUGAACAUUGCGCCAUUCAUGGAAGGACGGCCUCAACUGUCUGAAGCAGAUGAAACUGAGACAAGGCUUAUUGCCAGUGUGCGCAUACAUGUGGAAAGGGUCAUUCGGAGGAUAAAGACCUACAGAAUACUCUCACAGGUGUUUCCAAACAGCAUGUCUGGACAACUGAACAAGGUGUGGCAUGUUUGCGCACGCUUGACAAACUUUGUGGGUGAGCCAUUGCUGUGA